GCUCAGUGCUGUACAACUUUACAUGUGGUCAAGAAUAAAUUAGUCUCUGGCUUGCUACUGACUCCAGCUCCUUUCCUUGGGCUCCCAACAGAAGAGCUGAGUGAUAGAAAAAGCUAACAAUUACCUGAACCGAAGCUCUUCAACAACAAAAGCUCAUCUUUUUAGAGACAUGAAAGCUGUGAUUGGACUGCAGUUGAUGCUGAUAGGAGUCUGUUGUGGUAUGGAAUCUUCCUGCAAUGCCAGAAAGAAGGAAGUUCGUUGUUUUGGAGCCUUAGGAGGAACAGUGAACCUUCGGAUAAUGAAUAAGGCCACAAAACUAUCUAAAUUCAUUUGGGCAAAGAAACGCUCACAGUUAUUCCACUGGAGGUCCCAAAAGAUUGUAGCUCGUACAGAGGACAAUAGAUUUAGCUUUUUUCCACAUAAUGGAACAGUUAAGAUCACUAACCUUAGAAGGCACGACAGCGGUUUAUAUCAACUUGUUGUGUUCAAGAAAGGUCGAAAGCGCAAAGUUAUAAGAACUUUGAAGCUUUUUAUUGAAGCUCCUGUGUCAACUCCCUGGGUAGUUUCUAAAUGUACGUCCUCUGGAGAGCAGAGGGUGUUCUGCUUUCCUGAGGAAGAGGGCAAUUAUGUCUGCAAGUGGACUAUGAAUAAAAAACCUCUGAAAAACUCUAAGUACUUCUCUGGAUAUGCUAAGAAAAGGUCUGAGCCCUAUUAUGAACAUGAUAAGACUUGCACCAUUCUUUUGCAACCAAAGGCAACAGGUCAUCUGCGCUGCUUACUCAAGAAUCACAUAAGUUAUUCCUUCAUGGAGAUAAAGAUAACCAGCUGUGCCAAAGAAAGAUGGAAUAUUCAGCUCCCAAAAAAGAAGGAAGGGGCAAACAAACCAACAGUCCCACGAAAACCGUCUAAAAACAAAAAGGGUCAGAAAAAAACCCCGAAAGUGCCACCAAAAUCGACUCCGAAAGAGAAGGACGGGGCAAAGAAACCAAAGGUGCCACCAACACUGUCUCCAGAAGAGAAAGAUGGGGGAAAAAAAACAAAGGUGCCACAAAACCUGUCUCCGAAAGAGAAAGAUGGGGCAGAAAAACCAACAGUCCCACCAAAACCGUCUCCAAAAGAGAAGGAUGGGGCAAAGAAACCAAAGGUGCCACCGAAAACGUCUCCAAAAGAAAAGGAUGAAGUUAAAAAACCAACAGUCCCACCAACACCAUCUCCAGAAAAGAAGGAUGGGAAAAAGAAACCAAAGUCUCCAAAAGAAAAGGACGAGGUUAAAAAACCAACAGUCCCACCAAAACCGGUUCCAUCUGAGAAACCCACAGGGAUCUGAAGAACCUGAGGUAGGUGGGCUUGGGAAAAUAAGCGGACCAAAUCUUCCUGAAGACCAUACCCCCACGCUGAGUCUUCAUCUCCCAAGACCUCC